UGUGGUUGAUAUUAUAUUCUGUUCUGUGGUGCUACAACAACUUCUGCGAAAGCCUCAUGACUUGUAAUGUUAAGUGAUAACGAUAAGUGAUUUACCAUUUACCAUUUUCAUUUUGUAACCGCACUGCGCACGUUAUAUUUGCAGACCAGCGUUUCUAUCGUUAUUGUUAUUGUUGAUCGUUAAAAAAUUUUUGUUCACUGACUUUWAAUUUUAAACAAUAUAUUUGAUAGCGAUUUAGUUGGAUCCAUACUGCAUCAUGUCAAAUGGGAAUGAAGAAAAGUUCGAUUCAAUGCUUCUGGCAUUGGCUCAGCAGCACGAGAAAGGAGUAGAACAAAARAAAGACUUAAAAAAUUCUGGUGAAACAAAUGAAUUAUCACAACCAAUUGAAGAAGACGAAGAUGAUCCAAAAGAAAAAGGAAAAUUGAAACCAAAUGCAGGCAAUGGUUGUGAUUUACCUAAUUACAGAUGGACUCAAACAUUAUCUGAUAUUGAACUUAGAAUUCCAUCUAAAGCUGCAUUCAAAUUGAGACCACGUGAUGUUAUCGUGAAUUUGAAAAAGAAACACAUUUUCGUUGGAAUAAAGGGACAACCACCGAUAUUGGACGAUGAAUUGCAGCAUGAAAUUAAACUUGAAGAAACCACGUGGCUACUUGAAGACGGAAAAACAUUCCUUAUCAACAUUGAAAAGGUAAAUAAAAUGGAAUGGUGGUCGAAACUGGUGCUUGCAGAUACUGAAAUAUCUACCAAAAAGAUCAACCCAGAACCUUCCAAACUUUCCGACCUAGAGGGCGAAACUAGGUCCAUGGUGGAGAAAAUGAUGUACGACCAGCAACAAAAGAAUAUGGGAUUACCUACAUCGGAUGAGCAGAAAAAACAGAACGUUCUUCAAAAGUUUAUGGAACAACAUCCUGAAAUGGACUUUUCCAAGUGUAAAUUCAAUUAAACCAGCUCAAAACCAA